AUGUCGUCCCUUGAAGCUUAUUGCCGACGUCUCAAAUACCUGUCAAGCCAACUGAAUGACGUCGAUUGCCCUGUAAACGAGAAACGUUUGGUCCUUCAACUUGUCCGUGGGCUGCCAUCAGAAUUUGAUACAGUCGGCGCCUACAUCAAUCAAACCCUACCUCCAUGGGAUACCGCAUGCUCCAUGCUUCAACUUGAAAUUCAGCGACAGCGUGCUCGAGAUUCACACUCAUCCACAGAAAUCGUUGCUACUGUUGAACACGACCCACCAGCAAACUCAAAUUUCCGACGGGGCAAAUCUGGAAACAAAGUCCGCCCUCACCAGCAGCGCAACACCAAUCGUCGCGCACCAGCAUCUGCAUCUCCUUCUCGACCUAAUUAUCCAUCUUCUGGGCGGCAACCACAAACCCAAUUGAAUAAGCGACGAGGUUUUGUGUCCAAUCAAACACGCCCUACAUGGGCUGGCUACCCACCAUCAUACUGGACCCAACCCCUAUUGGGCUUCUCCACCGCUGUGUCCAUAUCUCACUCAAGCUGGAUGGGCCUCUCCCUGACCUACCUCUUUUACCCAGCAACAACCAAGACAAACAAAAGCUCAAGCCAAUCUCAUAGAGGUAAACCCACUUGA